AUGAGACUUGUCGAGAUUAUACAAUUGCGUCAGUUAUUAGUGCUUCUAGCUCAAUCAUCAGAACUCGCACAAAUGAUUCCAUGUCUAAGACGUUUCACUAUAUAUCAUCUCACAAUGCCGCGUGAUCAUUAUGAAAGAACACAGUUGAUCGAUCUUUAUGCUGAACUUGCUGUUACAGCAAGGCGUUUUUGUGACUUAACAGGCAUAACAACAGCAGCGUUUAAUGAUCUUUAUCAUAAAUUUCUCAUUCAAACAACAUCAAAACUGGUUUUAUUAAAACAAAGAUUACACUCUGGACGUUUAGAUGCUAAUAUUCUAUUACUAUUACUAAUUUGGUUGAGAAAAUAUCCAGGGAAUAGACGAUAUGUCGGCUCUAUAGACGGUACCCGACACAGAAUUAAUCGCCCGCAAAGACAUCAAAGAGUUUAUUAUAGUGGUAAAAAUAAAACACAUUGUUUAGCAUCGAUUUAUAUAAUUUCUACUAAUCGUCGUUUAAUCUUUUUUAAAUCAUGUUUUCUUGGCUCCGUACACGAUAGUAGGAUGCUCAUAUCUUGUGCUAUCGGUCCAAAUCAACCCUGCUCGAUUCCUCCACACACAAAAAUCUUGGCAGACAAAGGUUUUGCAAACGGCGGUAUUUUAUUAACACCUGUGCGUCGGAAUGAACUCAGACAUUUCCCACAAGCAUCAAAAGAGCUUUUUAAUUAUCAUUUAUCUAGUAAACGAAUUUUUAUCGAACAUAUAACCAAAGAAAUGAAAGUUUUUGAUAUCGUUCAUGUUGUGUAUAAACACAGUCAUGCCUUAUGGCAAGCGGUCAGUCUUUGUACAGCCUACUUAGCUAAUGUAAGGGCAAAUCUCUUCUUUACUUAA